CGAAAUCGAGUCGUCGUCGGAGUAGACAUCGUGACGAUACUUGAACGAGAUGCAGCUCUCGACGUUUGAAUUCAACACCGCUCUCAAGCUGUCAGCGCUUGGGUACACGGCCAAGACACAGGGCGACACGUUUGCCGAGUACAAGCUCAACGUGCUUAGCAAGCUGAAGACAACGCUACAGCUUGGUGCCAGCGACCGGCCGUUCGUCGCGUACGACGACGAGAAGAUCCGCGUGAUCGUGGUCACGAUCGCGUCCGUGGCCUACGUUUCGAUCACAGGCACCAACUCGUCCGAGGACAUGCUGGCCAAUUCGGCGGUCUGUGCGCAGCGCAUUGCCCCGAACGCCCACGCACCCGCCGGGUACCUCAAAGGCGGUCGCACCCUCGGGAUCGUUCGCCUUGCGCGAGCUUUGCUCGACUUCGACGAGCUCCGAAAGGUGAUUUUAUGCGGCCACAGCCGCGGUGGCAGUGUCGCCCACACGGCCCACUACGAGCUCAUUUCGGACGCACGCUACGUCUUCGACACGACCAAAUUGCUCUCGGUCGCGUUUGGGUCGACGCCGUUCCUCAAGAGCGAUAAACCGAAUGGGGACGAAGCCAAUCCACUCUUUGUCGGUCCCGUCCUUCUUCUCGUGCGGGACGCCUUGCUUACUGAGCAUCGCGUCACGACUGCGCUCUUCAACUUGCUCGGUGUCGACGUGUACAAGAUGUCGCAGCAGGCCAUCAACGACCGCAUUGAGUCGCUGAGCGAGUAUCAGUACUACGGCGCAUGGAUCAACCUGUCCGUCUGCGGUGGGUCGACUUGGACGCUAGACACGGACCCCGCGGCGCUCUUCCGCUCGGAAUCGUUCCUCGCUGCUCGCGACGGCACCCAAAUUGUGCGCGAACACGGCAUCGAAGACACAUACGUGGCCUUUGUCGUCCAGGGCGUGACCGCGCCGUCAGCGAGUGGCGAGGAUCUCCAAGACAAGGUGUACAUGACAGCGGCGACAACGCUCGUGGUGAGUGAGAUGUCAAGCGCCUCCUUGGCGGUGCUUCUCAACAAGGCCAUGUCUGCCGCCGUGGUGACCAAGACCCUCGGCAAGAGAGAGAUUUCGGACAAUCUGCGUCGAUUUGUGCGGGCGCUGGAAGCCUACCUUACCGUUGUGUACACGCUGGCCAAGGCCAACGACGCGACGAUUGACGUCGCAGUUACAGUCGCCAAAGACAUGCAAGGCUGGACGGGCUUUGCAGCGCGCCUGGCCGCGAUCAAAGACCGCGGGACGGAUGAGGCGGGCACGUGGAACAGGCUCAACGACGACAACAUUACAGCCGACAUGAACAGUCUCUCGAUCUUCACCGCGUCCGUCCUCUCUGCGAGCCACUUGGCCGAGCCUCAGAGUCUUUGGGCAAACAUCAAAGCGAGAGCUCUCUUAGGGGUGGCUCUUUUUCCAAUGAUCGCUCUGAUGACGUUUGUCGUCUUUGGUGCGGCAGCAGCGGUAGCGUUGGCCCCAGCUUUCAUGUUGCUCUUUGGCCCAAAGAUGCCCGCGGGGUCUGCCGAGCUGUAUGCCAUGCCCUCGGCUACAACGCGUCCCUCGAUGCCGCCUGCGUCAGCGCGAAGCCCGUACCUCGCGCUGACCUACGCGCGCCACCAAGUCGAUGUCGCCGCACCCGACGCGGCGAUCCGAGUGCGGUCCGAGGCGUACAAAGAAACCGGAAGCGCGUACGUGCACCAUCUGAGAGCCAUCGCGUUGGCCACGAACGUGUCGAUUGGCGACGGCGACGCAAGUGCACAAGCCAUUGAGGAAACGCUCACCAAGACGACCCGCCUAAAGGCCACCGACCCUGCCAACCAACGCCUCGUCGACAGCUUCAUUGCCGUGCUUCGGACCAUCCGAGACCUCCGCGCAGUCUGUCAAUGCCUCGUCUUCAUCGUCAUCAAUGGCAACCAAAACGUUGGCAAGUCGUGGUUUCUGCGCGCCCUCGACAACCAACCCGCCCCGCCGCGCGACAGCACCGAGUUCCCCGAGUUCCGGCCCUAUGUGCCUCGCGGUGCUGAGAACACCGAUCCUGGUCUGCGCGUGUACAUUCUGGACUUGCCUGGAAACGACUCGGACAGCGACCACCGGCGGCGCUUUGUCAAGGAGCUCUACGGCAUCAGUAGCAUCGGUAUCCAUCUCUUUGCGUGCGACACGGAGCCGCGCAUUAGCGACAAGGACAUGCAGUCGAUGCGGCAGAUGUUUAGCGGCUGCGACGACGUACUCAUUUGCCUCAACAAGGCGCUUUUGAUGGGCAUCGAAUGGCAAGACCCCGAGGAUGCCACGAAUGCAGACGAAAGUCCGCUCGCACCGAUCCGCGCCAAGUGGCGACAACACUUUGAAGCGAAUGGGGUCGAGUUGGACGGAGCCAAAACCAAGUACCACCUCAAGAUCACCGACAUGCACGGAACCCACAAGCCGCGCCCGCGACCCAAGUCGACGCCGCCGUCCACCGCCGAUCAAAGAAAUUUGCGACGGUAUGACCAAGAAGUCGAGGAAGAUCUUGCCAAGCUCCGCACCAACGGAGGUGAGUCGACGCAAGAGGUCGUGGCAUGGAUUGACGCCACGAUCGCCAAGGUCGUUCGAGCCCACAAGCUGUAGACGACCGCAAGUUGUCAUCUCAUAAUGGCAAAGUGGCGGCUUUUAAUGCUUGCCAUUUUGUAUUUUUGGAUGA